AUGGACAAACCUUAUCUUAAAAGUAUGUUGAAUAACCUUAAUGAAGCUUAUCACGAAAUUGCAAAUCAAGAAUUGCAUAGAAGGAAGUGCAAAUUUGAUAAAAAUUUAAACGAUAAAUUUGAUUCACUAAAAGAUAAAUUCAAUCAGCUAUUUGAGACUUUUCAUAAUAACUCUUAA